CAAUGAGCUGACGUGUUGGGGCGGAGCGCCCAAACCCUAGUGGGUUUGGUUGCACGGCGGCUUUGGCGCAUUUUCGGCUGGUUUGAUUCAUCCAUUUUGAAGAGACGGGGGAGCGGGGGGCUCGUCUGAUCCAAGGGCCCUGAACCAAGGAGCCGCGGAGUUUGAGAAGCCAGCAGCUCGGGGUUCGGCGGCAGCGGCCCCAUCGGCCGAAGUUCGGGGGGGGUGGGGCGCCGAGCGCGCGGGGUGGGGGGGGUCCUGGUCUUUGGCUUCUCGACUCGGUCCUGUUUCAACAGCGAACAUGUCGCGGCCUGUCAGAAAUAGGAAGGUUGUUGAUUAUUCACAGUUUCAAGAAUCUGAUGAUGCAGAUGAAGAUUAUGGAAGAGAUUCGGGCCCUCCUGCUAAGAAAAUUCGAUCAUCUCCCCGAGAAGCUAAAAAUAAGAGGCGAUCUGGAAAGAAUUCACAGGAAGAUAGUGAGGACUCAGAAGAAAAAGAUGUGAAGACCAAGAAGGAUGAUUCUCACUCAGCAGAGGACAGUGAAGAUGAAAAAGAAGAUCAUAAAAAUGUGCGCCAGCAACGGCAAGCAGCAUCCAAAGCAGCUUCUAAACAGAGAGAGAUGCUCAUGGAAGAUGUGGGCAGUGAGGAAGAACAAGAAGAAGAGGAUGAGGCACCAUUCCAGGAGAAAGAUUCCGGCAGCGAUGAGGAUUUCCUAAUGGAAGACGAUGAUGAUAGUGACUAUGGCAGUUCAAAAAAGAAAAACAAAAAGAUGGUUAAGAAGUCAAAACCUGAGAGAAAAGAAAAGAAAAUGCCCAAACCCAGGCUAAAGGCUACAGUGACACCGAGUCCAGUGAAAGGCAAAGGGAAAGUGGGUCGCCCCACAGCUUCAAAGGCAUCAAAGGAAAAGACUCCUUCUCCCAAAGAAGAUGACGAGGAACCAGAAAGCCCUCCAGAAAAGAAAACAUCUGCAAGCCCCCCUCCCGAGAAGUCUGGGGAUGAAGGGUCUGAAGAUGACGCCCAGUCUGGGGAGGAUUAAAAGUGAUGAUGGUUUGGGGAGAGAUUUUAUUAAAAAAAAGGAAAAAAAAAAAAAGAAAAAAGAGGGAGGAAAAAAAAGAACCUACUUAAGAUAGAACAUGGUUUUGGCUAUGGCUUGACUCAUGGGCUUUCAGUGCUUUUUUCCAUUUGUUAAAAGUAACAUUUUUCCUCUCGCUCGCUUUCUCUCUCUCUCUCUUUUUUUUUUUUUUUUUAAAGAAAACCAUUGUAUGUUUAAGUGUUUAAGUUGCCCUUUUGUCUAUUGGUCUCUUUGCCACCACCACCCCUUUCCCGAUGAAAGCCAUGUCAAAUUAAUCACUGGAUUGACCGCUUCAUCUUUUUAUUCUUAAUGGAAGGUGUACCACAAUUGUAAAGCAAUAAGAUUUGAGAUGAACACUAUGGAAACUGCUUUUUGCUAAAUGAUAGCAAGUUGAAUAGUAAUCCAAAAACGUAGAAAGGUUUUAGCUGAAGAUGAUUGCUUCUUUCUCUACCUGGACUUUUUAAAAAUCAAUUGUCAUCUAAUAUGAAUUUAUAUGUCUAUAUACACAAUUAUAAAUGUCUAAGAAAAGUCAUGAAUUAAACUUCCACUGCUGAGGCAGGUAGGAGAUAAAAGAAUUCUGAAUUGUUACUAAAAGUACUCAUAUUUUUUACCUUGAGGGGAGGGUGGGGAAUGGGGUUACCUGACCUUGUUUGAGGGUGAGUUUUCUUUUUUUUAUCUCAUCACUUGUUAUCUCAAAGAGACUCGGAGCCAGUGAUCCUUUCAUCCUGCCACAGUCUUUAAGGAGCUUAAAAAAAGAAAGAGCAGUGGGCUGCCAAAACUGAAAUCACUCUUGAUUUCGUAUUUCUUUCUCUAAUGGUUCAUGUUUUAAAAAUAUAUAUGUAUCCUGGUUUUUGUUUUUUUUUUUGGAUAAAAUUUUACCAAGGAUUCCCCCCCAAAAUAAAACCAUCCUAGAAUUUAAUUGGCAAGAUCAAUCUACACAUCACAGUGGAUUCCUUCUCAAACUGACAAUGUUUAGGGUUUAAGCAAAUAAAGUUCCAGUUAAUGUGAAACUCAAUCACAAAGAGUUGAGAUUUUUCCUUUAUGAUAACAAAGAACUGAAAUUCUUUUAUGCUAUAAAUGUGCGUCCAGAUUCCAUGAACCAUGCUCUGCUUUUAUUUGGGGAUGGAACAUUUUCCUUUCUGUAUCCUGAUCUUCCCAUUUCUUCACAGAAACAUGGUAGGAAGUACGUCUGUCCACUUGCUGCUGCUACAUAGGACGCCACUGCACACCCUAGCCCUGGUGCCUACGAACUCUACUGUAGGACACUAUUUUCCUGGCUCUGUUCUUCACUUCCCAUCCUGCCCUUGAUUGGGAGUAUGUUAAAUGCUGCUCCCAUACUAAUCAGUUUACUCUUGUGUUUUUAGUCUGUCCCAGUCCUCUGUUUUACUGCUCAUACUGCUUAAAGCAGGACACGGGGACUAGAGAAAUCCUGCAUUUUAGGAUUUUUUAGGAUCAGCUGCACAAGUGGGACGUGUGCAGUUGGUAACAGACAUUUUACAUGCCUUAUGAAAGCAGUCAGGAGAUAGGUCUGUAGAUUCGAUCCUCCACAUCCUGACACCAUGAGCUAAUGGGAGCAAGGUUUAAGGGUCCUAAUAUGCUCAUAAAUAUGAAAAAUUUGUGAAAUUUAACUUCUGCCUUUUUCCUGCCUUUUAAUCUAGAUUUGCUUCCUUAACAUCCUACUUUGUGGUUUUCUUUCUUACUCUUAAGUGACAGCAUAUUUUUCUUAGACAAAAUGGCUUUCUUGCAAGUGUUCCUAGGACUAAAGGUUAUUUAAGGAUUAUUUUUACUAUGAUUUUUAAGACACUUUAAGGAACAUUCUUACUCUGAUUUUUUUAAACACCCAGUGGCAGAGUCAUUUCACUGUUGCACUGUGUGUUAAAGAAUGAAUAAGGAGUUUUUAGUACAUGGCCAAAAAUACAGGGCUUGAACAUAAGUAGCAGUUGGAUGAUUCUCUUUCGUGAUGAUUAAAUUCAUAGUUGUAAACUUUGUAAUAAGGGUGUUAAGGAUUCAUCUGUUUGCUCAAGUGGGUUUGUUCAGGUAUUCAUUUUUAACAAAAAGGUUUAUGUUCAUAUAGUAAAAGACCUAUCAGUGUUUCCACCAUGCACUUCUAUUUUUUAGGAGUUUAUAAUUUUGUCUUACAUUCCUAGUAACAUUUGGGCUUUUCUUAGGUUAUGUUUCAUGAAGAUUGGGGCGGGAGGAGGCUCUUUUAAAACUUCAGCUUCAAAUUUUUUUUGUGUAACAGUCUCUUUAAUAUAAUCUGCACUAACAUCUCUGUGAUAUAUGCACAUCUUUUAGAGAUAAUCAUGUCUUGUAGAUUACUUGUGUGCAUUUAAUUGAGCUUCUUGUUUAGGGUCUCUUUUAAAAUUAAUUCAUUAGGUUGAAAAAUGUAUUCUGUAUUUCUAAUAGACUGGACAGGAGGAUCUUUGUUCCCCGAGUGAGACAGGCUCUGAAUAACCUUUAUUUUCUCCACUUUUUAUUGAUGGUUUGAAACACUCUUCUCUUCCCCUCAAAUCAUGCAUGCAAAUAGGAGAAUGGUUGUGGUGACUCAACUGGAAACAGGUGCUCAAUAGUCAGGCUUGAUAGAGAUGUCAGGACAACAUUAGGAGCUGUAAGCCAAUAGGGACUGGCCAUUGGCACCGCCUUUGACUAAACUUCCUCUUUUUUUCUAGUGUGCCUAUGGUGAAAUGGCAAUAGCAUUCACUGUCUUAUUUUGCAGUGCUCAGGAAGUGGGAUGUUAACUUUGAAGGUGCUUGUUUGUGUUAUUUGAAUUCUCUUCGUUAGCUCUGCUAGGUUUACCUCUACAACAUAGAUUUCGGCAGCUAUGCUGACUGACACUACAUCCUAGUUCUUAAGAUUCUUUUUUUCCAGACUCCCCCUCCCCAGCUAGACAUAGUUGACAUCCUUCUCAAUCUGUCUGUAACUUGCUGCUGCUGUUAGUCCUCCACCUCAGAUCAGAGUCGAUGGAGUGGGCCCAAAGGAUACGUUUUCAUUUCAGUAAUGGCAGGUAGAUUUGUCCUGCUUUCUAAAACAUCUCCCCUACUUCCUAGCUCCACUCUGUAUUGAUUCCAUAAAGGAAAGUUAAGAGUAUUUUCUCCUUUAGGGAGGUAGUGAGUGGAAAUCUUUUAAUCUUGAGGAAUAAUAGUUGAUUUCCCUUGAAGAAGCUUAGAUGUUGGUUUUUUCCACAAUUAACUGGUUUGCCCCAGUUUAAUACUCAAUUUAAUACUUCAGUUCUUGGUACUGGUUCAAAUAGCAUUUUCUUACAGAUAACAAAUCAAGAGUGGAAUUGGAGGUUAUACUCCAGUCAAGUUUUUAACCGUCUUGUGAAUAUGGUCAGCUAGACUGAACUUGACGCAUUUUUUUAAUGGUUCUUUUUUGAAUCCAUGAACAUUCAAGUAACAAGUGGAUUUUAGAGUACUGGUUGGGGAAGGGAAUAGUACUUUUUGUUAACCAAACUUCAGUUUCGGAGUUGUUUUCAGAGUGUUAGAAAGGCAAGAGCAGAAUUUAAUACCAGGAGCAAGGAGCAGCGGGAAAGCUUUCUAAAAGAUCUUGUGGCCAUUGUUGCUGUAUGAAGAAUGAGUGCUGGUGUGAACAGUUCUUUCUUUGCCUGCCUCACCAGUAGCUGCCCUGAAAAGAAAAAAACUUUGACCUUAGGAGUUUGGAAAGGAAGAAACCUGGCCUCUGGUCUUAAUGGCAUUUAGACUGAGAUACGUUCUACACAUUUCUUGUGACGGGAUAGGGAAAAUGUAACAAGUUCGUUGCUCUUAAGGUUAGAAAAUUAUCCAUUUGUCUGUGGAUGAAGUUGGGUUUCCUUGAAAAUGGAGAGUUGGUUUAUAUUUGAAGAAUUGGGACAUCAAACUCUCUAUAACCAAGUUUCAGUUUCAACCCAUUUUCCCUUUGUCUUGGAUAAACUGAAUACAACAUGAUUCAUUUUGAAUCCCAGAUCCAUAAGUUACAAUUUUUUUUCAAAGCCUAAUUCACAAAAUUCACAGUGGUGCUGACUGUGUAUAACCACUAUUGGGAAAAAUCCCGUAAACCUGCCUGUUGCCAUGCCAAUGGAGUGACUGAACUGGUGACAUCUGUUUGAGCAUGCUUUGUGUGGCUGGUAGAAUGCCACAGUGUGCAUACACUUUGUACAUCCGGGGUGAAGGGAGGGUUUUCUAGAUUAUUGGGGGAGGGUAAAAUUGGGAUUUUUUUUGUUCCUUUUUCGAUGGGGUGUGGGGGUAUAGUACUCAGCUUAUGCCCUAAAAUAACAUGUAUAAAAACCCCCCUGAAAUAUUGUGUGGGUGUGUGUGUGAGUGUGUGUUUGUAUAUGUCUGGCAAUUAAACCUUUGUCUUCUGGAACUUAGUGAAUUCUUUUCUUUUUUCCUCCAGAAGUAUUUGUUACAAGAUUUGUAAAUAAGAGCUCUACUUAGUUUGUUUACCAUGAACGUGUUGCAGCAAACCUUAUACACCUAAUUCCUGCAAGAUUUACAGAAAGACUAAGACUUGCCAGGUUAAGCAACAGCCAAGUUCUCAGUAAUUGUUUGCCUUGAUUUGUCUUUUAGACUUCAUUUUGCCUGCUCUAAAAUCCCCAGUCUUCCUUGAUUUUACUCCUUAAUCUUUUAUAUUCUGAGCAGGAAGGGUAAAAGAGAGGAACCUGCUUUAAAUGUAUUAGUUCAUAGGCUGAGACGGGGCCAUCUCUUUCUUCAUCCUGCAGUGUUGCUAGGUAACGUGAUCAGACACCAGAGGGUUGGGCAUUCUUGCAAUACCUUAACAGUGCUGAAAUCUGCAGCAUGGUACUAAGGAAGUUAAAGUUUGAAUGUAACCACUUUAUUUAAAAGGUUUUUUUUUUCUUUAAUUUAAAUGAAAUGGGGUUGAAGUGAACAUGAUUUUGUUGACCAUGUUCGUGAAUUAUAGAUGCAACAUGCAUUGGUAGAAUCGUGUGAUGGUCUUUUGUGAUACUUAAUUUUUACAUAUCCCAGUCUCUGUAUGUAUCUGCAUAGACAAAGACAAAGAAAAAAAAAAAAAAAACUCCUGCUUUGCUUUCAUUGAAGGGUUUCCAGGACUGCGUGUCUGCUCCUGAGCUCUGUUUUAAGUAUGUGUAUCCUUUGCUUGUAUUUUGUAUUAUGAGCAUGUUGGCAUUGUCCCCUUUAUUUUUUUUCUCUUUUUGGGACAUAUGAAGCAAGUAAUUCUUUUUCUGUAUCUUUUUUUCUUUUGUAAACUUUUUUUUUUGUUUUGUUUAAAAAUGGCUUUAUAAAAGGGCUUUUAUAACCCAGAUGUGUGCUCUGUGUACUUCUUGUAAUACUUUAAAGCAAAUACACUGACUUAUACAGCUGAUUAUCUUUGCCCAUCAGCUCCCAGUCCGGCCUGACUUUGGGGGGAUCCUACUUCCCAAAUAAAUUAUUUAAAAACUUGA